AUGAAUACAUCACAUCAUCAUCCACCAAAUCCAAAUGAAAUUGUUGGAAAUCGACGACCAGCACGUCCAUCGAGUGCACAAUUACGAUCAACUACACCAACACGAAAUCGACAACAACAUAAUAAUACAACUUCAAAUGGUUUAAAUACAACAGCGAAAUUAGAACAAUCAAUUUUAAAACAUGACUUAGAUCGUACAACGAUGUCAACGAAUUCACAAAAAUUAAAUGGAAAAGGAAAAAAUCGUUUAUAUUCAACAUGGACACCUUUACAAGAUGAGGAAACAAAUGCUAGAUUAUUUGAAGAACGAAAAUUACUUUUGAAUAAAUGGUUUGAAAAAUGGACUGAUGAUCAACGUCGUGUUGUUCUUGAUGAUUUAAUGGGACAAUCACGUCCUCGUCAGUUGACAUAUACACGAAAUUUAUUAACGAAAAGAUUUCCUGCUCAUCAUAAUGAUUUUACUCGAUUAUUUCCACGUGUACUUUGUCUUUAUAUAUUUUCAUAUCUUGAUCCACGCAGUCUUUGUCGUUGUGCACAAGUAUGUUGGUAUUGGAAAUUUUUAACUGAAUCUGAUCAAAUUUGGAUGCCAAAAUGUCUUCGUUUUGGUUGGACACCAAAAUAUAGUCCAUCAUCAUUUGAAAGUAACGUUUGGAAACGUGUCUAUACAUUUAAUAUUCAAGCCUUACAAACAAUGCCUGUUCGAGAUUAUUCUCAACGUUCGCAAAGCGCUUAUUAUGAUGAUCAAUCAUCUUCUCGUCAAAAUACUGCACGUUCACAUACACAUACAAAUCGUAAUCAACAUAAUCAAUCUCAUUUAUCAUCAUCAUCAAGAACAAAUCGUAAUGUAGAACAUCCACCAUGGCGUGCCAAUAGUCGCAAUCCAAGUGAUACACUUCGUUUUAAUUAUUUAGACAAUGAUGAUAGUGAACUUGAAUCAUUAAUUGCUAAACAUCGUAAACAAGGAACAAGUAUUCUUCAUCCAACAGAAUCUGAUCAUGAAUUAAAAAAUACAACUAAAGAAAGACAAGGACGUAAUCGAGUUGAUGACAGACAUGAACAUAAUGGAAGUAUACGAAGAAGUCAAUCUUUAAGUGCUCGUGGUAGUCCAUCCGUUAGUUUUCGUGAUGAUCAUACAUCAAGAAAUUCUAAUCAUAAUAAUUCAUAUUUGAAUCGACCUCCAUCAACAUCAGGUUUUCCUAAUCGACCUGCAGAUAUGCCCCGACCACCAUCAUCAGCUCAAAAAUCAAAAUAUUCAUCAAAAAUAGCAACUAAUGAAGCAUCGAAUCGAACUUGGCAUACAAUGAAUAAUGAUAAUUAUAUUGACGAAUAA